CCACAAAAACGCCACACGGUCUAUAACGAUGUAAUGUACUUGCACAGCUAAGAAAAAGAAAAGCAGCAUAAUUAAUCUAACUCAACGUUGAGAUCAACUCAAAGAGCGAGCUUGCAACAACAAUUCAAUUCAAUGGCAGAGAAGCAAGUGAUGGUGGUUGGCAUCGACGACAGCGAUUACAGCACUUACGCCCUCGAGUGGACUCUUGACCACUUGAUCACACCCCCACCCAAUCCUAUCUUCAACCUUGUUCUUGUUCAUGCCAAGCCUUCUGUUUCCUCCUCUGUCGGCUUCGUUGGCCCUGGAGCCGCUGAGGUCGUGCCUAUCGUGGAUGCGGAUUUGAAAAGAUCUGCUAACAAAAUUAUUGAACAAGCUAAAGAUCUCUGCCUCAAGAAAAAAGUAAAUGACAUAAAAGUGGAAGUUUUGGAAGGUGAUGCUAGAAAUGUUCUUUGCGAUGCUGUGGAGAAGCACCAUGCUUCAAUACUGGUUGUGGGUAGUCAUGGCUAUGGAUCCAUAAAAAGGGCGGUUUUAGGUAGUGUAAGUGACUAUUGUUCUCAUCAUGCUCACUGCACUGUGAUGAUCGUGAAGAAGCCAAAAACCAAACACUGAUCUCAUUGGCUUCGUCUAUAGUGCUACAGAAAUAAACGUAAAUCUUUUCAGCAAAAGGGAAAAUAAAAAAAAAUUCAUAAUGCUGUUUGUUCCAUGCUAUGCUGACUUUACGCUUUAAGGUUCAUUUUACUUUUUUAUUUUCAAAGAUAUUACAUAUAAUAUAUGCAAGCACAAGGAGUUUUUCCUUAUCCAAGCGACCCAGGAAUUUAUUUUGUUCAUGAGCGAUUUGUAUAAAUGUUAAUGUUAUAUGCGUGAAUGACUCAUGGAAGUGGCGAUUGGGUCGCAUACAAUAAACUCUUGUUUUUCGGCUAUCAAAUUUAUGAA